AUGGUAUUUCAGUGCAUUGGUCAGAGUAGUUUUGGUUUUCGCGAGUGUUAUAUGGAUCAGUUUUGCGCGGAACCACAUAUGGCAAAACCGAUGCAAGUACGAUAUGAGGGAGAAAGAAUUAAUAAUGAAUUGCCGCCUCAUCUUCAGCAUGAUCAAAUGAAAUCUCCCACAGUUUCCACGAUCAGUAAUGAAAGUGAUGAAUUUUUGAAAUGCUGUCGUAAGCGAGGAUUGCCAGAAGCAUGUUUGCGGAAAUGUUCUUAUACAAAUUAUGAUCGGAAUAUUCUUCGAAGAAUGUUGUUGCAAGUGGAUCCAUGUCCCUUGCCAUUAGCUACUGAUAUCCAUUUUUGUGCAGCACAGGGUCAUGAUCAUCGACAAUGUUGUGCUAUGAAUGGGGUCACAACAACAGUUGCAGGACAGAAAUGCUUAGUAUUUUGUGAUCAGAGGAUGCAAAAUAAGACUAUGCUUGAUGUAUCAUAUCUACCAUGUUUCGAACGAUUUGAAAAUAUAAAAGAAUGCUUUUGGCGUUGGGCUCAAGAACAUUAUCAAUUGGCGGAAAUAUCGAAGAAAUCUGAAAUACAUGAAUCCCAGUUGAAUUAUGAUCGUAUAAUGCAAUUAAGCACUGAACAACCACCAUCACCGUUUAAUAAUUAUCAAUAG